UUUUGUUUCUAUCUAUUGGUCCUGCGGUGAGUGAAUCUUUAAGAUGGCCCAAUACAAUCUAGUCACGCAUUGAGAUUUGUUUUAUAGACGAGUCGCAAUUUUACAAUGUUUGUUGCUUUGGCGAAAAACAUGGCGGAGGCAGACCGACCAGGGAAACUCUUCAUCGGUGGCCUCAACACUGAAACGACCGAGAAGGUCCUUGAAGCAUAUUUCAGCAAAUUCGGCAGAAUAGCAGAAGUUCUUUUGAUGAAGGAUCGAGAAACGAACAAAUCCAGAGGUUUCGCUUUUGUAACCUAUGAGAAUCCUGGCGAUGCUAAAGAUGCUGCAAGGGAAAUGAAUGGCAAGCCCCUUGAUGGAAAGCCUAUUAAAGUGGAACAGGCCACAAAGCCCCAGUUUGAGUCUUCAGGACGUCGUGGUCCACCACCAGUUAGUCCAAGAAGUCGAGGUCCUUCCAGAGGCCCACGUGGGUCCAGAGGAGCACCAAGUGGAAUGCGAGGACCACCUAGCAGAGAACCCUUUUUUAAAGGUAUGUCAUCCAGAGGUCCACCCCCACAGAAGAGAGGACCCCCUGUACGAAAUGGAGGGCCCCCACCCAAGAGAUCUGCACCCUCGGGGCCAAUGGGCAGACGUGACUUUGCACCAAUGUCAAGGGACCGGGACCCAUAUGGUCCCCCUCCCCGCAGGGAUUCACUGAUGUCGAGAAGGGAUGAUGGUCCUUCACUACGUGAUGAUCAUUACAGUACUAAGGACAGUUAUUCCAGCCGCGACUACAUGAGCUCACGUGACUCUAGGGACUACGGCCCCCCUCCACGAGACUACCCAUAUCGCGAGUAUCCAACCCAUUCCAGUUCCAGAGAUGAAUAUGGGUCAGGAUCCAGAGGCUACAGCGAUCGUGAUGGCUAUGGUGGUGGACGAGAGCCCAGAGGUUAUAUGGAGCGCCCCAGUACAGGCUCCUACAGAGAACCCUACGAUGGUUACGGUAACUCGCGCAGCGCCCCACCCUCAAGGGGUCCGCCUCCAUCCUACAGUGGAAGUAGCGGAAGCAGUCGUUAUGACGACUAUGGCAGCAGUUCCCGGGAUGGAUAUGGCAGUCGUGAUGGUUAUCCCAGCAGUCGGAGUGACCCAUACUCCACUAGUCGUGGUGACCGACCGGGUAGGCAGGAGCGGGGACCACUCCCUCCUCUCGAGAGAGGCUAUCCUCCUCGAGAAUACAGCAGCUCAAGCCGCGGAGCACCUCGGGGUGGCGGUCGCGGAGGUGGCCGGGCAGAUAGAGGAAUGGCCCGGAGCCGAUACUAAGAUGAACUUAAAUGGAGAAAUACCAAGCUCUCGUUGAGAUGUUCAAAAGACUCCUAAAAAAAACAACCUUUUAAACUCUGGAUUUCAAGCUUCAGUUUCAAGCUUUACCUGGACUUGUGAAUUUUUUUUCCCCGUACUUUUAAAAUGCAAAGUUUAUUUUCCCAUUGCCCAUCUACCAUUUAAUGGUACCAUUUGCAAAUUUAAGUGAGUGUUCUUUUUUUAUUUGUAUUGUAGUGUUUGUAACUGCUAUGCCCUGAAAUAUGGCUUUCAUUUAACAAUAAAGUGUUUUUAUCAAAGAUUGAGCAACGCUGCUGUUCAAGGAAGUGAGAAAGUAUGAAACCCAUUCAAAUUUGAUAUCAAUUCACUCAGUUGUCCUUGGUGAGCACCCCCAAAUGGCAUUUAAUGAUCAAAUUUAGUUUCUGAUGCAAAAUUCAUGUAGACAUGAUUGUUCAGAUUGUUGAAGUCAGGACAAUGUCACUUUUUUCCCAAACUCUCUAUGGGUGUAGUUUUCCUCAGUGCAAAUGGAUCCUUCAUCGCAAAGCCUAAACAUUGACUGCUUGCAUCGACCAAUCCAAAGACAACCAAAACGCAAGAAACUAUUCAGCACCACAGAUUAAACCUGUCGACAGCUGGUAAGCAAAGCAAACCCUUUUGUUCUGGUAUAAGUGGCGUCUCGGUGUAAUUUGAAGCCUUAAGGUUAGUGUAAUUUUAGUCAAACGCCGUCUUUGUUAACCUGGCUUUACAAAUGCAGUUCGGUUGACUUGAAUGUUUUAAAAUUUCCAACAUGAUUAACCAAACGUCACCUGUCUACAAAGGAGUCUAUGAGCCACUGGAUCGUUGAGUUUAGGAGCACUUAGUCUAAAAAACUUCAGAUUUCAACUGUUGCAAAGGAGAAAAUGUCUGGAUUUUACCCCUUCGUCACAUUUUAAAUGCAAAAAAAUGCCCCUUUUUCUUUUAAAGGAUAUUAAGAUGAAUCUCUUCAAAGGAUCUAUAUCUACAGCAAAAUGUAAAGCAAAUCCCCGCAAAACUUCUCAACCUCACAAUGGGACCAUUUUAAAAUUGUAGUAAAUUUCACUUAGUGUUAAAAAAGCCAGAGCUGCUCUCAAAGCAUGCAAAUCCUAAAAAGGAGACCACAUGGAGAAAAGCCGUGCCUUUUCAACAGCCUGGAAAACCGUUCAGAUUGUAUUGAGUUCUUUUUGUAAUACACAACUUUUAAAUGUGUACCCCAAAGUCUGCUAUAACAAUUUGCUGACUGUAACUGUCUUGUUGCAGGAUAAAUGGAGGAAUCAAAGCCUGAUGAUGAUCUUCUUACUUUGCUGGUCAGGACCUGUUGGUCGCAGUGAAUAGGAUGCUUGCGUUACGAAGCAGAUUGUCCGGUUCCGUAGGCAACGACUGUUUCAAGUUCAUGUGGAUGGAGUCAUUGGGAUGCUGCAGAUUUACCAAUGAAUAUUUGACUGCCUUUGUUUUUUACCCCAAUAAACUAAUUUAAUUGAA